UGUGGGUAUAAGAAUACGAAGCAUAAUAAAUUUCAUUUAGGGUUUAACGUAUACAUACCAUACCUAUGGGGGUGGAUGCGAAACGUUCUCCAUAUAUCCUUGAGGAGUCUGCCGGUGACAUCGAAUAGCUGUGCUUUUUUAAGAGUCUAUCAAUGCCAGUUGCCGCAAAUGGGCAUCUUAGCGAACGUUAAUGAUCUCAUGGCUUCAAGAUAAAGAAAUGAGAGAAGCGGAUUACCUAGACUACUCCAUGACACCCCCGCAGAUUAGACCCGUCAUAUCUACGUUGGAGAGUCAAACCGGCAUAUGUCGCGGGGUUGAGAGAUGUAGGGAUCUGGCUUACCAUGCCUUAUAAGCCAUCUAUAAUAAGUUGAUAACCGUAUUGAAGCCUGCAGUUCAACUGCAUCGCCUAUACGGAUCCGUACGCAGUUAUUAUAUCUACCUUUAUUUACCUAACUUUUUACAUCAUGGUGUGGCCUCGUGUUAGCAAGAGCCAAGCCUUCAUCAUAUUCUCACUUUUUACUUGGACCAAUGCUUGUCUGCACGAGAGGCGCUUCCAUUCAAAUUUGGCCGAAAAACGGGAUACUACUCCAUUAUCACCUUUGAGCCCAGAAGAAACCAUCCUUGUGAACUCUAUAUCCAACACCAGCAUCUCAGAAUGGUCCUAUUACUACACCCAUGGAGCACACCUAGCCGGGAAGAACUUGACGAUGGCACAGUGGACAGCGGAUCUCUGGAAAGAGAACGGCUGGAACUCAAGCGUGGUCUCUUACGAUGUUUACUUGAACUAUCCGGUCAACAAGUCCCUGAGCUUAACGUAUACGAAUGGAACUGUUUAUCGCCCGUAUUUGGAGGAAGCCGUAUUGAGCCAAGACGAGACGACUAGCUAUCCAAACUCGAUACCCACGUUCCACGGCUACUCCGCUAGCGGCAGCGUAGAUGCCGAAUUUGUCUACGUCGGACGUGGCCAGCAGGUUGAUUUCGACCGGCUGGUCGAGCUAGGGGUGCCUUUGGAAGGCAAGAUUGCUGUUGCUCGGUACGGAGGCCCCUUUAGGGGGUUAAAGGUGAAGAACGCGCAGGAGAACGGCAUGAUAGGCGUGGUCAUCUUUACAGAUACCGCUGAAGACGGAAACGUUACCGAGGCUAACGGGUACGCGGCCUAUCCAGAUGGACCAGCGCGCAAUCCCACUGCCGUGCAGCGAGGUAGCGUGCAGUUCCUCUCGACGUAUCCCGGCGACCCUACUACUCCGGGCUACCCCUCGAAAGAAGGCUCGCCCCGCGUAGAACACCCAGGAGUUCUCCCAGACAUUCCUUCGAUACCAAUCUCGUAUGCAAACGCGAUCCCGAUCCUUGCUGCUCUCGAUGGACACGGGACGACGGGUAACGAGGUCAACCGCACUGGUUGGGUGGGUAAGCUGAACGUGUCGUACAGUACCGGACCUGCACCCGGUACAACGAUCAGCCUGUCAAAUUUCAUGGAGGAUACGUACACGCCAAUUUGGGAUGCGAUUGGGGUGAUAAAUGGCACGAUCGCGGACGAAACUAUCGUGAUAGGAAACCAUCGCGACGCCUGGAUUGUCGGUGGCGCUGCUGACCCGAACAGCGGAUCCGCAAUCUUAGUCGAGCUAUCGAAAUCGUUUGGCAAACUCCUAUCUCAAGGAUGGAGGCCGAAACGAAAUAUUGUCAUCGCUUCGUGGGAUGGAGAAGAGUACGGUCUCUUGGGGUCGACUGAAUGGGUUGAGGAAUAUGUUCCCUGGCUCACCGAGACUGCAGUGUCGUACCUGAAUGUCGACGUUGGCACAUCCGGGCCGUGGCCAUACAUAGAAGCGACACCGGAACUCCACGACAUCGCUAAAGAGGUUAUGAAGAAAGUCUUGUGGAAAGAUGGGCGCACCAUGUACGACGUCUGGGCUGAAUAUACUCAAGGUUCAAUUGGUGUGCUAGGGAGUGGUAGUGACUAUACUUCUUUUGUUCACAACGGCAUCGGUUCAAUUGAUAUGGGCGCUGGCUCGGGUGCGACAGAUCCCAUUUAUCAUUAUCAUAGUAACUUCGACUCUUAUCAUUGGAUGUCGACGUUCGGAGAUCCUGGCUUCCUUGUCCACAAGUCCAUGGCUCAGUAUGUUACACUCCUAGCGUAUACUCUUGCGAGCGAAGACGCGAUACAGUUCAGUCUACCAAACUGGGGUGUAGAACUAGAGAAAUAUUAUGAGGAUUUACUCUCUUUGGUAAAUUCAACUGAGUACGACCUGGAUACUUCCACGUUACAGGAAUCCAUCCAAGGCUUCAAGACGGCAGCGGCGGAGGUGGAUGCCCAAGAGAAACAAGCAAUUUCAAGCAAUGAUUCCGGACUCCUCACCCUCGUCAAUCACAAGUAUAGGGACUUUCAACGGGGCUUCGUAUCUCAGGGUGGCCUGCCUGGCCGCGAGUUUUACCGACAUCUUAUUUUUGCGCCAGGACUUGACACCGGCUAUGCAGCAACAACAUUUCCAGGGAUAACAGAGGCGGUAGUAGCUGGAAACAUAUCACUUGCAGCUCAAUUUGUGCAAAAGACUUCUGAUGCCAUAUCAGUAGCUAGAGAUAUAAUUAGAACAUAGACACACGCAAUCGUUGCGCUUGGAAUUUACUAGUUACAGCUAAUUGUUAUUGAGAUAGAAC